AUGGACACUAUAAUGAGAUUAACAAAGGAAAAAGUUGACGCGAUCACUGUACAAGAGUGGAAAAAUGUUUGUGACCAUGCAGUUAAAGAAGAAAAAGUAUUUGAUUGUCUAGACGCUGCUAUCGACGGUUUAUCGGAGCGAUUCAUUAUUAACACAGGCUCUGAUGAGUCAUCAGACGAGAGUGAAGAUGAAGAUGCAAUGAGCGGAGAAGAAGAGUUAUAA